AUGUUGACUGUGCUCUCAACUGCGAGUAUUUUAUUGCUUAUUUACACUGCUAUCAUAUUGAUUGCACUGGGUGGUAAUUUGUUGGUAUGUGUCGCUGUAUUUUGCGAUCGAGUUUUACGACGACAACAGGAAAAUUUAUUCCUGGUAUCGCUUGCUGUAUCCGAUCUUCUUGUAUCCUUGCUUGUGAUGUCAUUCGCAGCAUUCAAUGAUAUUCUUGGACAUUGGCCAUUUGGUCGUUUAUACUGUCAACUUUGGAUAUGCUUCGAUAUUACUAGUACCACUGCUUCGAUACUCAACCUUUCUGCAAUUGCCUUGCAUAGAUUUUUGCAUAUCAGUCGUCCACUUGUUUAUGUCAGGAGGCGAAAAAUAUGCAUCGUUAUAGCUUUUGUUUGGCUGAUAUCUGCCAUCAUUGGUUUCAUGCAAAUUAUCCUGGAAUUAGCACAAAGGGAAGGAAUUGGUGACAAGAAUGAAGUUAAUGAGACCAGGUACAAUGAUUCCCAUCCGAGAUGUGAACUACGGCUUAAGCCACUGUAUGCAUUGGGCAGUUCAAUGUGCAGUUUUGUUAUCCCCGCGGCAAUGAUGGUGCUUCUGUACACCCGUCUCUAUUUGUUCGCCAGGAAACAUGCCAAAAUAAUGCGUACCCAACUUCAGCAAGUAGUCAACUUUCCUGCAACACUGAAUACUUCUCAAAAUACUAAUGUUGGAUUUUUCUAUGAUAGAAUAAUGGCAAUAUGUUGUUGUUGUCACAAGACUGAUCCUACAAUAUCGGAACGAGUCAACCUGAAAAAUGCGUCAUCACAGCUUUGUAUCACUGAUCAGAAAGCCAGGCUUACACUGGGAGUAAUAAUGGGUACAUUUCUGAUAUGCUGGCUGCCAUUCUUCAUUGUAAAUGUCAUUCGUUCCUUUCUUCCAACUUCGAUAUCCGAUGUGCAAUUCAAGGUUGUUACAUGGUUAGGUUAUGCAAAUUCUACAGCGAAUCCAAUCAUUUAUACGAUUUUAAACAGAGAUUUCCGAAUUGCUUUCAAAAAGAUAUUGUUCGACAAUAUAACACGACAAUUGAUCGAUACGGGUUUAGGUAACUCAUUUCCUGCUAUUGGUCAAGAAGCAUCUUCACAUCAUCCCGCUGUUGACAUAGAAAAAUACGAAGACGAGUGA